UCUUGCUGCUGCCCAGGUCCAGAGUGUGUCAUGGGUCCCUGUACGGCCUCCCAUUGCUGCUGUCUCCAUCGCCACACUCUGCCAUGUGCCACUUUCAGGUCUCCUCACACUGCUGGUGGGUUCCAUUUUGUCAUAGGGUGCUGGCAGAUUACGGGCCUCCCAUUGCUGCUGCCAGGCCCGUAAUCUGCCAUGGGCCCCCGUACCGACUCCUCAUGCUGCUGCCAGGUCCAGAGUGUGUCAUGGGUCCCUGUACGGCCUCCCAUUGCUGCUGUCUCCAUCGCCACACUCUGCCAUGUGCCACUUUCAGGUCUCCUCACACUGCUGGUGGGUUCCAUUUUGUC